GCCGCUGCAGCCCCACACUCCGCCGCCAACCUGGAGGAGCGACGGAAGGCGGACCCCAGGAGGAUGGAGGAUGAAGCUGUCCUGGACAGAGGAGCCUCCUUCCUUAAACAUGUGUGUGAUGAAGAAGAAGUAGAAGGCCACCACACCAUCUACAUUGGGGUCCAUGUGCCGAAGAGCUACAGGAGAAGGAGACGCCACAAGAGAAAGACAGGGCACAAAGAAAAGAAGGAAAAAGAAAGAAUCUCUGAGAACUACUCUGAUAAGUCAGAUGUGGAAAAUGCAGAUGAAACCAGCAGCAGCAUCCUCAAACCUCUCAUCUCUCCUGCUGCAGAACGUAUCCGAUUCAUCUUGGGUGAGGAGGAUGACAGCCCCACACCCCCUCAACUCUUCACUGAACUGGAUGAGCUGCUGGCUGUGGAUGGGCAGGAGAUGGAGUGGAAGGAGACAGCGAGGUGGAUUAAAUUUGAAGAAAAAGUGGAACAGGGUGGGGAAAGAUGGAGCAAGCCCCAUGUGGCCACAUUGUCCCUUCACAGCUUAUUUGAGCUGAGGACCUGUAUGGAGAAAGGAUCCAUCAUGCUUGACAGGGAGGCUUCUUCUCUCCCACAGUUGGUGGAGAUGAUUGUUGACCAUCAGAUUGAGACAGGCCUAUUGAAACCUGACCUUAAGGAUAAGGUGACCUAUACUUUGCUCCGGAAGCACCGGCAUCAAACCAAGAAAUCCAACCUUCGAUCCCUGGCUGACAUUGGGAAGACAGUCUCCAGUGCAAGUAGGAUGUUUACCAACCCUGAUAAUGGUAGCCCAGCCAUGACCCAUAGGAAUCUGACUUCCUCCAGUCUGAAUGACAUUUCCGAUAAACCAGAGAAGGACCAGCUGAAGAAUAAGUUCAUGAAAAAACUUCCACGUGAUGCAGAAGCCUCCAACGUGCUUGUUGGGGAGGUUGACUUCUUGGAUACUCCUUUCAUUGCCUUUGUUCGGCUCCAGCAGGCGGUCAUGCUGGGUGCCCUGACUGAGGUCCCUGUGCCCACAAGGUUCUUGUUCAUUCUCUUAGGUCCUAAGGGGAAAGCCAAGUCCUAUCAUGAGAUCGGCAGAGCCAUUGCCACCCUGAUGUCUGACGAGGUGUUCCAUGACAUUGCUUAUAAAGCUAAAGACAGGCAGGACCUGAUUGCUGGUAUCGACGAGUUCCUCGAUGAAGUCAUUGUUCUUCCACCUGGGGAAUGGGACCCAGCAAUCAGGAUAGAGCCUCCUAAAAGCCUUCCAUCAUCUGACAAAAGAAAGAAUAUGUACUCAGGCGGAGAGAAUGUUCAGAUGAAUGGGGACACACCUCACGACGGAGGCCACGGAGGAGGAGGAGGAGGACAUGCGGAUUGUGAAGAAUUGCAGCGAACUGGACGGUUCUGUGGUGGACUCAUUAAGGACAUAAAGAGGAAAGCACCAUUUUUUGCCAGUGAUUUUUAUGAUGCUUUAAAUAUUCAGGCUCUUUCAGCAAUUCUCUUCAUUUAUCUGGCAACUGUAACUAAUGCUAUCACUUUUGGAGGACUGCUUGGGGAUGCCACUGACAACAUGCAGGGCGUGUUGGAGAGCUUCCUGGGCACAGCUGUCUCUGGGGCCAUCUUUUGCCUGUUUGCCGGUCAACCACUCACGAUUUUGAGCAGCACAGGACCUGUCCUUGUCUUUGAGAGGCUUCUAUUCAAUUUCAGCAAGGAUCAUAAUUUUGACUAUCUGGAGUUUCGCCUUUGGAUUGGCUUGUGGUCAGCCUUCUUGUGUCUCAUUUUGGUAGCCACAGAUGCCAGCUUCUUGGUUCAGUACUUCACUCGCUUCACAGAAGAGGGCUUCUCUUCUCUGAUUAGCUUCAUCUUUAUCUACGAUGCUUUCAAGAAGAUGAUCAAGCUAGCUGACUACUACCCCAUCAACUCCAACUUCAAAGUGGGCUACAAUACUCACUUUUCCUGUGCCUGUGUGCCUCCUGACCCAGUUAAUAUCUCAAUAUCUAAUGACACUACACCGGCUCCAGAGGAUUGGCCAACUGUUUCUUCUACUGACAUGUACCAUAAUGCUACCUUUGACUGGGCAUUUUUGUCGACGAAGAAGUGUUUGAAAUACGGAGGAAAGCUCGUGGGGAACAACUGUGAUUUUGUUCCUGACAUCACUCUCAUGUCUUUCAUCCUCUUCUUGGGCACCUACACCUCUUCUAUGGCUCUGAAAAAAUUCAAAACGAGUCGUUAUUUUCCAACCACGGCAAGAAAACUGAUCAGUGACUUCGCCAUUAUCUUGUCCAUUCUAAUCUUUUGUGUAAUAGAUGCCCUGGUGGGUGUGGAUACUCCAAAACUAAUUGUGCCAAGUGAGUUCAAGCCAACAAGUCCAAACCGAGGUUGGUUUGUCCCACCAUUUGGAGGAAACCCCUGGUGGGUGUACCUUGCAGCUGCGAUCCCUGCUUUGUUGGUCACCAUUCUGAUUUUCAUGGACCAGCAAAUCACAGCUGUGAUUGUGAACAGGAAAGAGCAUAAACUCAAGAAAGGAGCUGGAUAUCACCUGGAUCUCUUCUGGGUGGCCAUCCUCAUGGUGGUGUGCUCUUUCAUGGCUCUUCCGUGGUAUGUGGCUGCAACUGUCAUUUCCAUUGCUCACAUUGACAGUUUGAAGAUGGAGACCGAGACUUCUGCACCUGGAGAACAACCAAAGUUUCUAGGAGUGAGAGAACAAAGAGUCACUGGAACCCUCGUGUUUAUUCUGACUGGUCUGUCAGUCUUUAUGGCUCCCAUCUUGAAGUUUAUUCCCAUGCCUGUACUGUAUGGCGUGUUCCUGUAUAUGGGGGUAGCAUCCCUUAAUGGUGUACAGUUCAUGGAUCGUCUGAAGCUGCUUCUGAUGCCCCUGAAGCAUCAGCCAGACUUUAUCUACCUGCGCCAUGUCCCCCUGCGCAGAGUCCACCUGUUCACUUUCCUGCAGGUGUUAUGUCUAGCCCUGCUCUGGAUCCUCAAGUCCACUGUGGCUGCUAUCAUUUUCCCAGUCAUGAUCUUGGCACUUGUAGCUGUCAGAAAAGGCAUGGACUACCUCUUCUCCCAACAUGACCUCAGCUUCCUCGAUGAUGUCAUUCCAGAAAAGGACAAGAAAAAGAAGGAAGAUGAGAAGAAAAAGAAAAAGAAGAAAGGAAGUCUGGACAGUGACAAUGAUGAUUCUGACUGCCCAUACUCAGAAAAAGUUCCAAGUAUUAAAAUUCCAAUGGACAUCAUGGAACAGCAACCUUUCCUAAGAGAUAGCAAACCUUCCGACAGAGAAAGAUCACCAACAUUCCUUGAACGCCACACAUCAUGCUGAUAAAAUUCCUUUCCUUCAGUCACUCGGUAUGCCAAGUCCUCCUAGAACUCCAGUAAAAGUUGUGCCUCAAAUUAGGAUAGAACUUGAGCCUGAAGACAAUGAUUAUUUCUGGAGGAGCAAGGGAACAGAAACUACAUUGUAACCUGUUUGUCUUUCUUUAAAAUUGACAGUUUUUGUUGUUAAUGUUCUGGGGUUUU